UUAUCAAACAGUAACCCAAUCCAAAUUAAAUUCUUAUGAUCAAUGAAUCAAGAAUGGAUUAAUUCAAAUCUUCCCAUAGAAUUAAAAUAUUUCGAUAUAUCACAUCUUCCAUCUUAUUUAAAUAGAAGAAUAAAACCAACAAAAGAAUUUUUUCAAUUGAUUCAUCGUAAAGAAAAAACAGAAGAUUAUCAAAGACGUUUAUUUGGUGAAUAUGGAUUACAAUGUGGUAUUAAUCCAGCUUUAUUAUUUAUGAAUGAACAUGAAAUGAUCUAUGAAAAAACAAAGAAAAUCUAUUAG